AUGGUCUACCUCACAACCUCUCCCGCCACCCUCACUUCCUACGCACACUCAUGCCGCGCCUACCUCAACACCCAUCGCUCCGGCGUCGUUCAUAUCAUCAACGAGCUCAGCGCCGUAUGUACAGAACUUGAAAAGCUUGCCGCCGAGAUCGACCAACACAGCUUGCUAGACAAGCUACCCGCCAUCGACGUCAAGGUAACAAAAGCGGUGAACAUGGUUUCUAGGGGCGCGCAUGGGUCAAUGAAUGUUACGGGUGCGGUAAAAGAGUGUUUUGAGCUCUUGAAGGCAAGAGCGCGGGAAUAUGAAAGUGCGUUGGCGGCGGCGUUGACGCGCAAUCCAAAUCAAGCGUGGGGGUAUGAAGCGAAAGCAAAGUUUCUACCUAAGCGUUAA